UCUCUCUCUCGGGCUCUUGAUGAUUCUUUUGUCUUGGCCCCCUUUGCCGGGCGCGCUGUCUCUCUCUCUCUCUCUCUCUCUCUCUCUCCACUACUCUUCCGCCGUCCAAUUGUAUGCGCCGCUUGAGACAACCGGCCGCGUCAAGCCAGGCGCGGUCCAGCUGGUGAGGUCCGAGAUGCCGGUCGUGGGUAAGGGCGGGCAGGGGAGGAUCGGAGAUGCGCAAGGGGGGGGAGCUGCAGCAGGCCAACCGUGAACAAGGGCCUCUGGCCUGGCUAGAGCGAGCGAGCGAGGCGAAACGAAGCAGAUCGACGCUCGACUUGAGGGCGAUCGCCGGACAGGGGCGAGAGGGACGAGGGGCGAGGAUGCGCAUGGAUGGAGAACAUUGGAGAGGCGUGGAAGGGGGGAGGCUUUCCAGCUUUUCCCUCUGGUAGGCUGCGAGGGCUCCAUGAUCGCCCGCGUG